AUGGAAGCGAACAAAGCCGAAAGUUUGAGAUGUAUUGAGUUAGCUCAGAAAGCCAUUUUAAUCGGAGAUCACGACCGAGCCAUAAGAUUUCUUUCAAAAUCCGUUGAUCUCUACCCAACGCAAACAGCAAAAGAUCUCCUUGAAAGACUAAUGUAUACAAAUUCAUCAUCAUUUUCGAAUAAUGACACCGACCAACCUCAAACAAAUGGUCAUAGUAGCAAUACAACAACAAGACAAAGAACAUCAUCAACUAAAAGUCAUACGAAUGCUCACACUACAAAUACCCAUUCAACAACAUCAAAUGAUUAUACAUCCGAAGAAGUAGAAGCUGUUAGAAAAAUUAAAUCAUGCAAAGAUUUUUAUGAAAUACUGGGUGUUCCAAAAUCUGCCACAGAGGUUGAUUUAAAAAAAGCGUAUCGAAAACUAGCGUUACAAUUUCAUCCAGAUAAGAACAAGGCACCCGGCGCUACAGACGCAUUCAAAGCAAUUGGAAAAGCAUUUACAGUUUUAAGUGAUUCCAAAAAGCGCGAACAGUAUGAUUUAUACGGAUCAAUGGAGCCACCGUCAAGCUCUUAUCAGAGACACAACGGUCGAUCACAGCAAACAUAUUACUAUGAGGAUGAUGAUAAUUUCUCUGCUGAAGAAAUAUUUAAUCUAUUUUUUGGUUAUACAGGACCAACUAAUCGUGUGUAUCGAAGACGUCAACAAAGCCCGUUUCACUUUUCCACACAUUCAUCGUCAGCAACACCGCAACAGGCAUCACACACAAUCACACAAAUCCUACCGUAUUUAUUUUUAUUUCUUAUAUCAAUUCUCGGUACAUUAUUUGUUUCGGAUCCACAAUUUAUGUUACACAGAACUGGUAAAUAUGUCAAUGUGCGAACAACACGUAUACAAAAUAUUCAAUAUUAUGUUAAACAAGAUUUUAAAAUACCAAAAACAACACAUGAACUCAAUAAACUUGAAUCAGCUGUUUUAGAAGAAUAUAUUUCAGAACUAAAGCAUCAGUGCUAUAGAGAACAACAGUAUCGUGAGUCAAUGAUAUGGCGUGCGAGAAUGCUCGGCGAUCAAGAAUUGCUUCACCAAGCGUCUCAUGAACCAACACCAACAUGCGAGAAAAUGAAUAAAUUUUUACAGUCUCGUGCUUAA